AUACUACUGCUUCGCCACAGGGAAAGCGCAAAAAGGGGACCCAAGCCCUCUGCAAAACUCUCGCCAACACCUUGACCAUGUACAACUUAUAUGAUAGCUGGCGAACACAGCACCCUACAGACCGGGAUUACACUUUCUACUCAAGGGUCCACAACACAUACACACGUAUAGACACAUUCUUUAUAGAUAACAAGACCCUGCCACAAUUGACAGACUGUAGAAUAGGAGAGAUAACGUGGUCAGAUCACAGCCCAAUCUAUCUUGACGUGGAAGAUACAUAUCAAUCCCGAGGCAGGAGCACAUGGAGGCUAAACGAGUCCCUCCUACUAGAUAAACCGUUCGUAGAAUGCAUGAAGAUAGAACUCAGUGAAUACUUCCUUGCUAAUACAACAGGCGAGGUCACAGACUACACAGUGUGGUCCGCACACAAAGCGGUGAUGAGGGGCCAGUUCAUCAGGCAAUCAGCGUACAUAAAGAGACACCACCAGACCACCCUACUAGAAUGCCACAAGCAAAUAGCGAUAAACACAGCCCAAAACAAGAAAACACCCACGGCAGCCCUAGCAGACAAAUUAAGAG